GAUCAAUGGGCCUGGGCGCUCUGGCUCUGGUCCAGAUGUGGCAACACAAGGACCAUAAGGACCCUCAAUGCGGCCUCAAAGUCUUGUGAGGCCCGGACGUGGCACUUGCACCUGGACGUUUUGGGUGCAGCCCAACAGGUGUCAAUUCGACCAGAUCUUGUCACCCUCAACACUUCUGCUGCAGGGGUCAUCAAGGGACUUCAAUGGGAAUUGGCGCAGUCUUUGCUAAUGAAGAUUUGUCAAACCACCCUGCGACGCGACGCUGUCAGCCUCACGACGGCCUUGAACAGCUGGGAGAAGGGUGCCUACUGGAGAGCUGCGUUGCACUCACUGGGUAAGGAGUUAUCCCAUGGGUCCUUCCCCGGAGUCAUCCCUUUCAACGCAGCCUUGGGCGCUAUGGGAAAGCUGGGAGCAAGGGCUUGGAGCGCAGCUCUUCAAUUGCUGAAUGUCUUGAGGAUUUUCCAGCUCUGGUCGGAUCUUGCCACCUUGGGAAGUUGCAUGGCAGCAGGUGCGGAUCAGCCAGGGGGUUGGAGGUCAACUCUGCUGCUGCUGCAAGUGCUCAGGCACCUAGGCCUAGCUGUGGACCUUCGGAGUCUGAAAGCCACCUGCCUGGCAGCGGGACAUGGGAGGCUGUGGCGGGCCACACUGCAUCACUUCGACGUUGCCAGGUCUGGACGACAUCAACGUGGGCAUGCGAGGUGGCUGGCGCCUGUGGCGUCUCACCAGAUGGAAGCAGCUUUCCUGAGACAAAAAAUCGAAAGGUUUCUUGCUGGCAAUUGGUUGAAAGCUGAAGCCAUCCUUCGAGGACAGCUACUUGGACAGGUGGUGUCAUAUCCUGAUGUCAUUGAGGAUUGGCCCGCCCUGCUAUCUGCAUGUUGUGGCGAGACGUGCUGCCACGAGGCCGUCUUUGAAGCGAUCACCAACACCUGCCCUGGAGCUGCGGAGUGGGCCGAAGGCUGCAUGAAGGACCGGUCGCUUCCCCUCCCCUUCCGCCUCCGCGUGGCCGCGCGCCUCGGCCUGGACUCGCUGGCGCCGGAGGCGGAGGCGGCGCUGCUGCAGGGCCACAGCGUGCCGCUGGAGGCCAUGCGGUGGAUGGAUGCGACGAAACUCAACAGUUAUGGCCCGGAAUACCAGAAGCUUUGGCCACAGCUGGUGUCGCAGCGCUUGGUUGUGCCUGCUGCUGCCUUACUGGAUGCCCACCCCAACUGCGAAGAUUCCGAGGAAGUGACGUCUUUCAUCGCAGAUUCUCUCCAACGGUCCAGUGCCGAAGCGAAGCUGGCUCUCCACCGCAUCACCGCCUUGCUAGCCCUGCGCCACAGCGACCGGCGUGUGGCCGCCCUGCUGCUGCCUCAACUGGGCGCGGCUCACAGGCUGCCAGAGGUGAUGGAGGCAGCCGCCCGCGGUGAGUCUUGGACCUUACCCUGGUGGCCAACCGCAAUGGCCUCGACGCUCCGGGGGACGGUGGUAGAGCUGCAGCAGUUGAUGAAGGCAGGCCCCUGGAGUUUCAUCGCCCUGCUGGACGUCUUGGUGUCCGCUUGGCUCACCGCCUUCGCGGAGCCGCCGGAGCCCGUGGAGCUGGCGGAGCUGGCGGAGGCGCUCAGAGCGUUGAGGGCCGAGCUGCCGAAGCGUGCCAGGUCUUUGGCCAAAACCUUGCUAGAAACGGUUGCCAAAGAGAUGGAUUCCGAGCUGCUUCUGGAGAUUGCCUGCUGUGGUCUUGAGGUGCCGGGCCUUCAAGCUUUGGCGUCCAGCUGUUCUCGCCGAAAGUUGAAGGAGCUGCUGGAGGUCCUGCCGUCUGCCGCCCCAGGCCUUGCCCGCGAUGCAUCUACGGCACUUUGGGCUUUGAAGAACGUAUCCAAUGCCACACUGGAGCUGGCAGAUGGAGGAUUCCAGUUGCGACUGGGAAACGAACAGAGGUGUGGUUUGAUCCCCUGGACGGAUGCGCGCAGGGCGUGUUUGGAGGAUGCCUCCCUGGCAGCCGCAUAUCCCACGGAGGAUACUGAAUAUGCGUCCUUCCGGAAAGACUUGCUAAAACUUGGAGCAUUUGCGGCGAAUCAUGCCGUUAACGCAGAGGAGCUGCUUCCAUUGGCGCAGGCCAAGCUCAACAGCUGGGAGAAGUUGGCCUUCUUGGACGCUGCAAAACGACGAGAGGCUACUUCCCAGCUGAAGGAGAUUGUGUUGGAAUGGGCCAAAGGUGAGGACCGCAUGGUAGUCAUCGCGGCAGUUACCGCCCUGACAGAACUGGGAGGAGGGUCCAAAGAGUUUCAGCAGCUUUGGCCUGGGUUGAAAAAGGUGAAAGGUGCCCUAGCUCCGGCCGCACGGCUCUUGCACGACGCCUCCUGCGAGGUCCUUGAAGAAGUUCUGUCCUCUUCCAGCCUUUGUAGCAGCCUGGCCACUCAGCAGCUGCCUCCUUCGCAGCUCGCGUUGCUGGCGGUGCGUGCCGCGGGCCGCGAUGCGCGGCACUUGGCCGAGGACCAUCCGGCCUUGCAGCUCUGUGCUGCUGAGAUGCCGGAGGAGAAGAAGCAGAGAGUGGUAGAGCAGCUGCUGAAAAUGCAUGGAUCCCUUCCCGUGGAAGGCUCACCUCAUGGUGAAGCACAUGGUCAGCACCUGCGCUUCUGGCUGUGUCUGGGAAGUUUGAUGUCUGCUGAUGAUGUGAGCGCGGCAGCAACGGUGGCCGUGGAGGCCCUACGUGCUGGUUCGUUACUGCCUGCCACACGCGUUUUGGUGCAGAAUGUCUGGGCGAAAGCUGCUAUGGAAUCGGAAGAGCAGAUCUCCAUCCUGUCCCAGCUCUUACAGAAUGUGGAACUCGCUGAAGCCUUUGCCACGAAUUGCCUGGCUGUGGCGGCACAGAUCCUAUUGCACCCAGCCAUGGGGAAACCCAUCCGCGAGGUCCGUGAGGUCGACACCCUGGGGCUCCAAAAAAUCCGCGGGGCCAAGGCGGCCAAGGUGGAUCUAUUGUCAGCCAUGGUGGCCUGGAGCGCCUCGUAUGUCCACGGCCCGCGGCUUCUGGCGUCCUUGGCCUUAUUUCAUGUGCUGGAGGAGAACUUGCUGGAGACACCCGGCUGGUAUUUGGAAGCCUUGCAUCGUCAGGUGCGAGAUGCCUCAGUGUUCAAGAAGCUUCGAGCGAGGGUGAAGAUGGAAGAGUGGAUCAGCAGCUGUUGGUCCAUGGUCAAACCCUCACGGCCCUUGGAUGUUCUUUUGGCCAACGCAUCCAAGCAGGUGGCUGGAGAGUUUUGGUCGCCGCAAGAGCUGGAGCAUGAACCUGAGGAUCCUAGCAGUCCUAGCAGCAAAGGGGCCUUGCAACGGAGACCCGAACGGCAGCAGCAAGGUGCUGAGGAGAUUGAUGUGGUCGUGUGUGCAUCGUUGGUGGACAAUGUGCCCAACAUGGCCGGACUUGUUCGGACGUCAGAAGCAUUGCUUGGCGGUCGAGUGGAAGUUGCUUUGCGCAAUGACAAGGUUUUGCAGGAAGCAAGCUUCCAGAAGAUGGUGGUAGCAGCUGACAAGAGCGUGCGCAUGUCUUCCGUGCCCUGCGGGCCACGCCUGGUGGCCUUCCUGCGAGAGCAUCGAUCUGCAGGACGGCAGGUCAUUGCCUUGGAACAAACGUCCUCAUCGGAAAUGCUGGAGGUGAGUUUGCGCUUGCCAAAGAAGUUUGUGCUGCUGCUGGGCAGUGAGCAGGAGGGACUGCCAGCCUGGCUGUUGCAAAGCGGGUUGGUGGAUCGAUGUAUCGAAUUGCCCCUGCAAGGAAAGACUGGCUCAUUGAAUGUACAUGUGGCCGCAGCAAUGCUCUUGUGGCACUAUCGAUUGUACCACUGA